UGUUGGACCUGCUGUUGCCAUGGGUAUACUAGUCUUCAUACUCGCUGGUCUCGUUGUGCACUGUGUGUUCUUGGUCUCCAUUUUUGACAUCUACUUCAGCUCUCCCCUUGUUCACGGGAUGACUCCUCAGCAGACUCCACUGCCACCUCCAGCAAAACGUCUUGUACUCUUUGUUGCUGAUGGUCUGCGGGCCGAUUCACUGUAUGAAUUGAACUGCAACGGUACACCCCAAGCACCUUACCUGCGGGGUAUUCUAGAGAAUAAUGGCAGCUGGGGAGUCUCUCACACCCGGGUCCCAACAGAAUCCAGGCCGGGGCACGUUGCGCUUAUAGCUGGAUUUUAUGAAGAUGUCAGUGCAGUUGCUAAAGGAUGGAAGGAGAAUCCAGUGGAAUUUGACUCUGUUUUCAAUGAAAGUAAAUAUACUUGGAGCUGGGGAAGCCCAGAUAUUUUGCCCAUGUUUGCAAAAG